AUGGAUACGAUCAUCGAGCAUCGUUCGCUUGCGAGAAUUUUGGCCUCGCUAGCCGAAUCAAAGGAGGAACGAUCUCUCACUAGUCAUAUUGCUCGACAACUAUCUACUUCACAGGAUGGAAAGGAAAAGGCCGUUCUGGCUGAAAUGUUGGCGUCACUGUUAUUUGAAUCCCAAGAUAAAUACUCGGAGAAUGUCCUGAGCGAUUUUGCGAAAAGCUUGGUUCUUUCUACAACCGGUGGUCACGAGGAAAUAAUACAUAAGAACCUUCAACUUGGCAGUCAAAUAGCUUUAUCAGUUCCAGCUAUAUUAGACAGGUUACUUGGGGAGACCGAAUCGAUCAUUUCUACGCUCAUAUUUGCGGCCUCGAAAUCACACGCUGCCAGCGACGAUGCAUUCGAGGUUAAUGUGGAGCCUUUCCUGGAUAAAUAUUGUUCCUUUAGACUCGAAAAAAACCAGAAGUCCGAAAGUCCAGAAUUUUUCCAAACUCUUUAUCCCGUCGUGAUUCAACACUUAUGCUUCCUUAAGAUCAUUCUUCUUUCGGAUACCAAGGAAGCAGAAUCUGCCAGGACCCAUAUUGCUGAUAAGUCGGUAUUAAUACACCUUAUCUUCUCUUUGAUCGCUUUGAGAAAUUUAAAAAUCGCCGAAUUAUCUUGCCAUGUCUUCCGCCUUUUUCUUGGAAAUUCCGAUUCUGUUCUUCCUAGUGACACUUCGGAGAUGGUCUGGGAUGGUAUUAAGAUUCUUCUUGAAUCGCCCAUACAUGCAGAUUUAGCAUUUAGCAUCUGGCUUCGUUGGGUAUCAUUAACUGGUCCCAGCUCUCGUCCUUCGGAGGAGAUGUUACAGCAAGAAAACUAUUGGAUAUUAGUACAGGUUAGUUCACAAUUCUUCCUUCAAAUGCUCAAACUACUAAACUCGCCGCAGAACGGUCUUACCACCGGGUUUAACGAACGCCGAAAGUUCUGUCUCUACAUUCUGAACUCCUCUCUCCGACUGCUGUCGGAGCCAGUUGACAACAAACUUAUCAAAUAUGACCCAUCAUCAGUAAAGAACUCAGCGGCCUGGUCAAAAUAUUCUACAAUGAUAGAGAUCAUUUCGCUUUCCACGUCGACAAACCAGUUUCUUGCAACAGUUCCCGAUCUUCGUCGUCUUUUGAAGCCAUUUUCGCCAAUAUAUGGAAGCUGGAUAGUAAUUUUGAUGACACUUGGGCUGACAUCUUCGUGUGGGCCAUUGCAGAAGGCUGUAUGGGAGUUCUUGCUGAGUCUUGAAGGCAAAGAGCUGGGAAAGUUGCUUGAAGAUGAAAGAGGGAAGAACUUUAUCAACGAUAUCUUUCUUCCCUACUCAAUCGCGGCCCAUCAUUUCUCUGUUCAAAAGGGAAAUGAUAACCAUUGUGAAUACGGUGAUAAACUUGCAGGUUUCCUGAAGAGAGUCGUUAUUCAGAGCCGAGACGCGGCUGUGCUAUUAAAAUUUGUCGAUAAUAGGCAGGACACCAUUUUUGCGCCAGCGAGAGUAUAUGUAAUGAAAGGUAUUAUGGACGGCGUACUAGAGAUCUUUGGUUAUGGUCUUGGAGUAGAAGAGAUGGCUGUGCUUGUCAGCAUUUCUAAAAUGAAGCGAUUCGCACUGUUAAAAACGGAUUUAUGCAUUUCAAUAUGCUUCAGAAUUCUUCUGUCAAUCAAACUACAUCGAACAAUGAUCGAACCGUUCUUUGACUCUAUGGCUGCAAUAUUUGCCGGAAAGGAACACUUGAUCACCCCGAAUUUUUCUCGGUCAUUACGCGAAUUAUUUGCAGACAAUAAUGAUAUCAGCAGAGAACUAUCUUCUAUGCUUGCGUAUCUAUCAAGUUCCUUCGAAACCUAUAGCAUAGAGGAUAUUCCAACCAAAACCCUCUUCCGAGCCAUAUUCCUUAUUACUCUCCUCGACGACAGGGGCCAAGAAAUACUUCAAGAUUCAGAAGCACGUAAAAUAUUGCUAGAAGUGCUUAAAAACAUUGGGAAUGACCUCCCAGGAAAUGUUUCUAACAACAAAUACGCGGCGGAACUUGCCGCCUUGUUCUACCAUCAACGCACCCACCAUUUCCUGAACCAGCUAUCGAACACAGCGCUUAUGCCGAUUCUCAAAAGCUCAUGGGAUCUAAUACAUAAACAAGGCUGGGUAAAGAUUCCAGGCAACCCACAACAGAAUGAUGAAUUCGAUGUAGAAGUUGAAAGGCUCAGCGGUGAGCUUUUGGCAGUUUGCGACGCUACUGUAUCGGCUUUGAUAGAAAAGGGCCAUAGGGUAGGUUUUCCUGGGAAGGCCGAGGUCUUGGGACUUAUCAAAAUUCUUCCUUUACCGAUAUUGGCCCAGAAUAAACAUGAGAACAUGGUUAAAUUGAGAGUUGUCGGUAAAUUCCUUUAUAGCGGAUAUAGCUUAUUAAACUCUUUGAUUUCUCAGUCAACUGAAGAAGAGCUGAACGACGAAUACGUUACAAUCCUUUUCGACACAACACGAAAGAUGCUUCGUUACAUCGACAAAGGCUCCCUCCUCCGAAUCCUCGAGUGCUUCCGAACGGUCUUCCGCAACGCCCCUGCCUCUACAAAACGCUAUCCCAGACUAGACCUUCUAGUGCGCGAGCUAUGGGAUUGCGCAGACGUGACGAGUGUGGUUGCGGUCGAAUCACUUCUUGAGAUCAGCUUGAUUAGAACCAUCUUCGAUGUCUCUGUGAUACGCGCAAGUUUCGAGACAAACAAUGCUUUAGCAGAAACACUACCUGAAAUUGGAAACGAGAUCAUGAAACUAUCUAAAGGCAAACGAUCCCUCGCUCCUGUCUAUGCAGGCAAGCUCCGCGAGGCCUAUCUGAGCGCGCCGGACGUCUUCUGUGCCUGCAAGUGGGUGGUAGACAUUUUCAUCGAGUUCAUCAACUACACUCCCAGUAAAGACCCAGACUUCUUUGUGGAGAAUUCUGUAGCAAGAGUUUUCGAUGAGAUUUUCUCUCAGCCAAACCAUUAUGAACAGUACUACGAAGAAAGAGAAGAGAUGGCCCAAGUCUAUAUAUUCGACAUUCUAUCGAGGCUUGAUCCAAACAGUUUCUCCGCAUCAGCGUUUGCGAACUGCCUCCGGGACAAAAUAUAUGCACCAUGGGCACUGAAUAAACCCGGAAUGCCAGUGUAUAGUAAAUGGAAGAAGGCCUCGCAACUCCAAGUUCUGCUGGUGCUGGAGCGCUUUGUGACAGCUGAGAAGAGUGCUUCGUUCUUAAAUACAGCUAUUUCGACUUUGUGCAAUGAGCCGCAUCCAAGAUAUCGAUUUAUCCUUGAGUGGAUUGUUGCAUUAUGCAUUAUACGCUUCCCAGAAAAUCGGGAUUGCCUAUGGGGAUAUCUACAAGCCCCAGCAAAUCCAAACCCAAGGCUGCAGGCAUCGUUAUUACGGGUCGCCAUCAUGGUAGCUCGUGAGCUUGAGGAAAACCUCAAAGAGGAAUUUUACACCGAGAUUGUUGCGGCCGGGAAACUCGAAAGCGAAAAGACAUUUAACGCAAAGUCAAACUACACCUUUGCCGGCAUCUUCUCAGGAGACUAUCUUCUCGGCGGUGACGAAGCCGACAUAAUCCCUCUCGAACUAUUUGCUUCUCUGGAAAACCAGAAUUCAAGAACAUCUUUCAUUCCCACUGGUACUGCCAAACAGUUGGAGAGCAGCACCAACAUGGUUGAAUUCACAAAGACAGAGAUGGAAGCUCUUGUAGAGGCUCCACUCCAAACAAAGAGCGGAAGCUGGGAUGCAAAGGCUCUCGUCGAAGCAAACGAACACCGGCGGAGCAAAGUAACCUCUCACAAAGAUCAGGGACCCGACAUCAUCGUCAUCGCAUCCCUCAUCGAAAACGCCUACAACCUCGGCGGUCUCUCCCGCGUCUCCGAAAUUAUGGGUGUGACUGCCCUCUGCUUCAACAGCAAAGACUCCCUGAAGCUCAAAGACUUCACCUCCGUCUCUGUCAGCUCGGAAGUAUGGCUUCCCAUCGAAGAGCUCAAAGUAGUAGACAUCCCAGACUACAUCCGCAGCAAGAAGCUCGCUGGAUAUUCCGCUGUUGGGGUCGAACAAACCGACCGCAGCGUCAUCCUUGGGGACGAAAACAACCAACUCCCUAAGAAAGUGGUUCUACUUCUCGGUAGCGAGAAGUACGGUAUUCCGGCAGAGCUGCUGGCGGAGCUGGAUCUGUGUGUUGAGAUCCCACAGAAGGGCGAAACCAGAAGCAUGAAUGUUCAGACGGCGGCCGCCGUCGUGCUCUAUGAGUUUUGUAGGCGCUUUGGAUAA